AUGUCCCCCUCCGCCUCCUCGUCGAGCUCAUCCAACUUGACCAUCACCAUCGGCGUCCUGGCCAUUCAAGGUGCCUUCCGCGAGCACGCCUCUCACGUCAACCGACUCAACACGCUUCACGCCUCCACCAUCCGCAGCGUGCUUGUGCGCACACCCGAGCAGCUCGCCGACUGCGAUGCGCUUAUCAUGCCUGGUGGCGAGUCGACGGCCAUCUCGCUCGGCUGCGAGCGCAUCGGGUUGCUUGAGCCGCUGCGCAAGUGGGUGCGCGAUGAGCGACCUGUAUGGGGCACGUGCGCUGGCAUGAUUAUGCUGGCUAGGGAGGCGAGUGGCGGCAAGAAGGGUGGGCAGCAGUUGAUCGGCGGCGUCGACGUGCGGGUUGGGAGGAACGGCUUUGGAUCGCAGAUCGAUUCAUUCGAGACCGGGUUGCGGAUCAAAGGGAUGGAAAGGGAGGAGGAGCCGUUCAACGGAGUCUUUAUCCGAGCACCCGUGGUUGAUGCGUUGUUGUUGCCGAGCGAUCUGGAGAAGGUGGGCGUGGACCAGCCGACGUUGGUCAAGCGAGUCGAUCCGAACACGCUGCCCGAGUCAGUGCCUGUUCCGGUCACCAAUACGAUGGCAGUGCCGCUGACGCCAACAACAGAGCUCCCUGCAAACGCAUCGGAACCACCCCUGCCUAAACUCGCCAAUGCAGAACAGACACUGCGCAUCGUCGUCGCCCCUCCCCUCUACGACACGUCGGAUCCAGUCAGCUCGGCAAAGAAGCGACCGCCCAUCGAGAUCCUCGCUACCUUGCCCGAGCCUGUCACAACACCCAAGUCGCCCGUCAACCGGCCUGUCGCAGCACACAUCGCUCAGCGCGACCCAAGGAUGGACAUCGCUGACCGACCAGCACACGAUUCGCAGAUCGUCGCUUUGCGGCAGGGCAACAUCCUCAUGACCAGUUUCCACCCGGAGCUGACCCCAGAUACGAGGCUGCACAAUCUGUUUGUGAGCAAGGUUGUGCUGCCUUACAAGCAGCAGCAGCAGUCCUAG